AUGACACCUAAUGUCAAUCCUUUAUCAGCUGAUAAUGAUGAUGAACAACUACCUGUUAACCAGUUAGAAUGUCACCAACCUCAUCGUGAUGCCUCAGUCUUCAGCUUUGUUUUCUUUUUUUUUAUUAUUUGGUUAUGCUUUUCAUCUUUUCUGAUAUCACAUGGUUCUAACAAUUUUUACACACGCAAUUCUGUUGUAUCUACUGAUCAAAAAGUUAUAACUCCUAAUCUGAUGUCAAAUAAAGCCUUAAAAUUAUCACCAACAACCUCUGAGACUAAACAACCACGUAUAACAGGGAUUAUUUCUACAAUCCCAAUAAGUCAACAACAACAACAGCAACGAAAAACUUCUACUAUUCAUCGAUUAUUAUCUUCCGGUGUAGAAGAUGAAUCUGCUCAAGCUGCAGCUCAACUUCUGGCCAGUGGAGCUACUGACAAUACUUCAGACAAUAAUCUAGACCCUGGUCUUCUUGGAACAGCUACUGAUAUUAAUCAGGAUACUACAAGCGUAGAUAUCAAGCAUAUCCCAGAACAACUGGUAGAUGAUUAUAUUGUUAACAAUGCUACAAUCUCUAUAACAACAACAACAAAUACAACAGAUUCAACGCAUAGUACAACAUCUAUUCCAUGGUCAUUGUCUUCUGCUUCUGGUGCUGGCGGUGUUGGUGGCGGCGGUAGUACAACUAAUCUACCCAAUUACUUUCCUACACGUCAUGAUUCCAUUGCUAUAUUCUUUCGACAAUUAUAUCAAGUAGCUAGUUUACGAUUAAGAGAUUUAUGCGAACGUUUAAAUCUUACACGUGAACUUAUGGCAAAAAUUUGGACUUGUGUAGAGCAAGUUAUCGUGCAUGAAACUGAACUGCUCAGAGAUCGAUGUUUAGAUCAGAUUAUAAUGUGUUGUUUAUAUGGGAUAUGCAAGAUUGUUCUUUAUCGACCAUUGACAUUUGUUGAUAUAGUUCAUGUAAGUGAUUACUAA